UUUUUUUUAUUUUUUUGACAGAUGACCAUCGUUUAUAAGAAUGUUACUGGGUUUGAAGAUGUAAAAAUACUGUCUAUAAGUAAUGGAAGUGUUAUUGUGCUUCAUGAGAUCAUUGUGAGAUUGCUAUAUAAGCAAAAUGAGAAUAUAGCUGCUCAGUUUGAAAAAACACUUAAAGAUGUAAAAGAAAACCUGAAUGAACUGAAUAAAACCUGCGAAGCAAACUCUGCCAUGUGUAUUGCCUUUGAAGUGACAUCUACAAAGGACCCGAUAUCUGAAGAAGAGCAAUGCAGGCAAAAGGUUGACGACGACGGUUUGAAAGAUUUUUAUACUGCAGAAUUUGAAAAUGGGAAUCUUAUCUGUGUGUCUCACUGUGGUAAACAAUCUCCUCGCUUUAAGGACUGUCAUAAUGGAACCUGUCAGAUCGAGAAAUGGACGGGGCCCCGCUGCUCGUGCCCGGCAUUGGACAAGUAUAUGUACACGAAUUCAGACUGUACAGGCCAAAUUCUCAAGGAUGCUUUAUAUGGUGGCGUGGGAGCAGCCUUUGGUGUCUUGGUCGUCAUCAUUUGCACUGGACUAGUACUAUUCUUCCUGUACAGAUCUAAAACGUCAAAGAAGGACAGAGAGGCAAUCCUGAAUGACACUGACCAGUGGUUCGAUGAAGACAAAGAUGAUAAAUGGAGUAACAACAUUUCCAUAACUGAUUCAAAUCAAGGCGAGCAAGGCUCUUCCCGAGAGAAUUUUAGACCAGCCUUGGAAAAAGUCAACACACAAAUUGAGGUGAGGAUACAAAGACCCCAGAUAUCCUUAGCUUGAUCCAUUCCUAAAACAAUCAGUCCAACAGAUGAAGAGGAGAACUUCUGAAGAUUUUCACACCAUUCUGAACUCCAAGUGCAAUAAGAAAUUAUCUCCAGUAAAAGUGCCAAAAUUUUGGCUAUGAAUGAACUUUUGGAAGAAAAAGACCAGAAGCUUUAUGUGGACACAUUAAUCCAACAGUUUGGGUGAAACAUGGAAGAACAACUGAGCUACAGAACUGGAUUUAUCUGUAUGAGAAGGAUAACGGAAUCAUGGCUCCCAGAACUAUGACACCCUAUGUCAAUAUUUUAAUAAAAUGUAUUGCACUCAUGGAGGAAGAAUGCUGUCUAAUUGUAUGCAUUUGUUACAUUUUAGCUGUACAGAUCAGCAAUUGAUAAAAAUAAUAGAUGGUUCCAUGUGUUUUAGACUAUAAAGAGUCUGACUCUUCAUAGUAUCUUCUACACCCCCAUCACCCAUAUAAGUCUUUUGCUAAAAUCGGCCACAAAUGUCAACAAGUGAACAAAAAAAAAA